CUAAACAAAAAAUAAUAAUAAAAAUAAAUUUUAAAAAAGUUUAAGUGGUCUCUGUAGAAUCUGGGGGUAAUUUAGGUGAGUAGUUUUAGCUCAGGGUCUCACUUGAGGUUGCAUAUAAGAUGUCAGGAAGGAGCAACCAUCUAAAGCCUUAGCUUCACUGGAGCUGAAGGAUACACUUCCAAGGUGGCUUACUCAAAAGCCUGACAAGUUAAUGCUGGUUGCUAAGAGGAGGCCUCAGUUCCUUGCCUCUUCAUAAAACUGCUUGAGAGUCUUUGUGACAUAGCAGCUGAUUUCUCCCAGAAUGAAUGUUCCAAGAGAGAGAAACUACAAUCCUCAAUAUCUUCUGUGACCAAGCCAUGAAACUCACACAAAGUCAUUUCUGAAAUAUCCUAUUAUCUAUAUAAGUAAGCCAUAUUCAAUGUAGGUAGUGACUACAUUCAAGAAUGGGAAUACCAGAAGGUAGAGAAAACUGGGACCAUCUUAGAUGCUGGCCACCACACAUGGCUUCUUGUUGUAAAUUAUCCAAGGAAACUUUCUCCUCAUUCUUUUCAAUACUAAAGUGAGGCCCGGCCCUUCCGCUGCCAUCCUGGUUGCAUGUGGUUGACUGUGAUCGCCAUAUCUUCUCACAAGACUUUCAGAAUCAAGCGAUUCCUGGCCAAGAAACAAAAGCAGAAUCGUCCCAUUCCCCAGUGGAUUCGGAUGAAAACUGGUAAUAAAAUUAGGUACAACUCCAAGAGGAGGCACUGGAGAAGAACCAAGCUGGGUCUAUGAGGAAGCAUCGCACAUCAUGAAAUAGCAAACAUAAUUGGCACACAUAUUGAAGCCGCAUGGAGAUCACAUGUUCCUAUCCUAUCAAUAUGAAAACAUCCUUCCUACCUGGCCAAUAGACAUGUCUUACCAAGGGAAUGAUUUUCUCUGUUACUAUGCCUCUAUACCAGUAGGUUGGUUCAGUAAUAAAUGUGAGACGUUUCAGCUGAGCUGCUGUUGUGUCCUGAUUUGUGAAGUACUGAAUUCCCCCUCCUGUCAGAUCUCACAUAGCACUGUCUGAUAGAACUUUCUGCAGUGAUAGAAAUGGCCUUUGACAAUGAAGUAUUUAAAGUGUGGCUAGGGGACGCCUGUGUGGCUCUGUCUGCUAAGUGUCUGCCUUUGGCUCAGGUCUUGACGGGGAGU